AUGUCAAGUGAAGUGACAAGAGCUGACAAAGAAUAUUCUAAAAAGACUCAUACACAUACCAUUGCAAAUAUUACAAACUUACAAGAAACCUUAAACAGGAAAAGUGACGUUGGACAUACACACGAUUUCUUCGCAACUGUUGGUAUAGAAAAUAUUGAAGGAACGGUUGAAGAAACUGGUGGGGAUGUAUUAAAUUGGAAACCUCCUAACUUUCCACAAGGUUUAACAUCGGAUGAAGACAUAACAACGAUGAGAUACAUUAGAUGUAGAAAUGUCUAUGUCAUGGAGGAUGAAAACAAAGUUAAAUUCACUGCUCAAGAUUUAUAUGAUAAAAAAGCUGACAAAACAGAGCUUCAAACAUUAAAGAUUGAAAUACUUCAAACACUAUAUCCUAUAGGUUCUAUUUACACGUCAAUGAACUCUACCAGACCAGAAGUAGUACUUGGUCUCGGAACUUGGACUCAAAUAGUCGACAGGUUUUUGUAUUGUGCAAACUCUUCAAAGGAAACAGGUGGGAGUAAAACGAUUUCAGGUGAAAACUUACCUGCACACAGUCACUACGUAGAUUUAAGUACAUCUCAAGCAGGUUGGCAUAAGCAUAAAUUUUGGGAUUGGUCAGCAAUGAAAAAAGGUAAAGGAUAUGAUGUUAAAGACGACGUUCAGUUUGCUAUAAAUUGUUUCUGGGGUGACACUCAGGGAGAUGGAAACCAUACACAUCGCGUUUCAGGGUAUACGCAAACAACGGGACAAAGUAAAGAAUACAUGCCACCUUACAUGACAGUUUACGCAUGGUAUAGAAACGCUUAG